AUGAUCAGCCUAAAUCUGAUAGUUUGUGCGACGAAAUCGAACGGGAUCGGACAAGCUGGACGAUUACCCUGGCGCCUCAAAGAAGACAUGAACUUCUUCAAAUUCGUCACCACCCUCGCCCCUCCAAACCACGCAAACGUCGUCAUCAUGGGCCGCAAAACUUGGCUUAGUAUCCCUGCAAAAUUCAGGCCUCUUGCGAAUAGGAUUAACAUUGUUGUCAGUCGUCAGCAUGUUGAUCCCCCCGAACUCGGAAUUGAUCAAGGACAGGAUAGCUAUCUGGUUAAUUCGAUCGAUUCGGCCUGUCAACUGAUCCACAGGCUCAACUCUUCUUCUCUUGACACUCAUGAUGAUCAACAUACUCCACAACAGAAAGUUGAAGAAAGAUCGAACGAAACGACCCACAAAGUAGGAAAGUCGAAGCCGAUCAAUAAAGUGUUUGUGAUAGGAGGCUCAGAGAUAUAUAAAACAGUCCUCCAAUCAUCAGAAGAGAGUAAUAAAAUCUUCAAAGCUUCGAAUAUCUUGAUCACUAGAAUCUUGUCCGAUCAUCCUCACAUCGAACGCAACUUGGAUUCAUUUUUUCCCGAAUUUAGGUCCCAUCAUCAUUGGAAUAAGUCUCAAAGUUUGAACGAACAACGCAAAUUCUUUUUACUUCCCAACAGCACUAAUACUACUACAAGUGAUGCUCAAAAUCAAGCCAUCAAGUUUUGCUUCGAUCAGCUUAUUGUUGAAGGGUCUUUUAUGUAUAAAUUCGAACUUUGGACCAAUAAUUCUUAA